UAAUACACACCCAAAUUCACUUCAAUUCUUUAAUAUUUCUUCAUUUUGUGGUCACUUGCUAGUACUAUAAAUCACUAUCGAACAUGUGAGCUUUGUGAUCAGAUGCAGACCAAAGUCCCUUUGGAGUGUUAAAAUUGUUGAUCUAAGCUACCUCUUCCGUUAUCCUCUUAAAUCUUCUUCCUCUUAAAUAUUACACGCAUAAAUAGAUAUGGAGGAGAUUCGCCGGGCUGCUGGAGCUUAUUAUGAGAAUCUGCCCGAUGAGGAGAAGAGAAAUGCCAGAUUUUCUUUCAAUGAAAUGGACAAAAACAAAGACGGGAAAAUUAACCGAGAUGAAUACGUGGAGUAUCUCAAGAAAGAUAACAACACGGUUCUUCCAAGCUUGUUUACAGCGCUGGACAAGGACGGCAAUGGAACCUUGGAUUUUGAUGAAGCAAUCGUCUUGUACUACAUCAUGCAGAGUGGAAGGGCUAUAAUUUGCCAGUCUUGUAAGACGUUCUUGGCAGGAGCAUACUUCACUUGCUCUCAGUGUUUCUUCAAUGAUGAUGAUUCAGUUAGCACCUUUGAUGUCUGUUGUGAUUGUUAUGGUGGUAAAAAGUUCAGACACAACGAUGGGCACAUCUUCUGCGAUAACUAUACUUUACUACGUCAAAGCAGGAGCCCGAUACAAGCUGCCCCCAUAAAGAAGCGAACCAAGGUGCUUAACAUUAUUAAAAAGGGAAUGCAAGUUGCAGGCAUAACUAGUAGUGAUAUUGGAGGCAUGAUAACUGGUGACGAUGGUGUUGAUUCAUCAAAAUCUAACUGUAGCAUUAUGUGAAAGAGACCAAUGAUGCAUUUUAUCACCAGUCAAAUGCAUCCAAUCGUACAAUAAAUAUUGCCGAUGAGGUAAGAGGAAAUGGCUGAAAAUUUACUGGAAACUCUUCAAGUGGGCUCAGAUCCGGUAGAGAAUAAACUCAAGUUACUUUAUAUUGCUGUAUCUUGUUUGUGGCAAUAAUUGUAUUCUCAUGCAUUCGAUCUCCAUAGUCUCAUGUGUACUUUUGGAGGGCAUUAAGAACUUGUUUAAUCUUAAGCUGCUUGUGUGUAAAAUAUCAUGUUGUUAAUGAAGCUUUUCUUGUAAAA